GGGAGAAGCGAGAGUCCUCGUGCGCGCCCCCAGAGCCAAGCGGCAGCGUGAGAAAGGAAGGCGCGACUCGACACCGGGAGCCAGCCAGCAGCCGAGACCGUUGGAACCGAUGGGCCACGCGGCCGGCGGCGCGCCUCGCGGGCUGCGUCGUCCCGUUGCCGACCGGCGUGAGUGUACUGUGCUGUGAGCUGUGUCCGGUGGCGACGAAGAAGAAGCGGGCACGGCGGCGGGCGCCGACGCCGGCCUGGACGCGCGGCCCGUGGACCUGCGCGCCUUGCGGCGCCAACGCGUCCCGGGCCCCCCGGGGGAACGCCGGGUCGCCGCACCACCACCCAUGCUGCGCCUGCAGCUCUUCCGGCCAGAUCCAGGGAUGAACGGUGACCUCUCGAACGACACACAAGACAGUGCAACUAGUCAAGACACGGGCGACCUGGGUCAGGAUGAAGACAGUAUGGACUCCGAGAAAGCCCUCAAUCUCAUCAAGAAGUCAGCGCGGUCGGGCCUCUUCCACGAGAUGGACGACGAGCAGCUGGAAGCGAAGGUGGCGCCGGGCAGCGGCGGCAAGAUGUCGUCGGCGGCGGCGGCGGCCAACGGCCAAGCGGGACACAUGGCUGGCAUGCUGGCGGCGGCCUCGACUCCGACACCCUCCGUGCCACCGUCCGCGCUCGUGACCACCACGGCGGCCGCGGCACUGGCCGCGGCGGCCGCCGCCGGACAGCUCUCGCUCAACCAGCUGAUGGUAGCUGGAGCUCAGGGCCAGCAGCCGAACCUUUUAAUGCAGGCUGGACUGGCUCAGCAGUUGCAGCACGUGGGCAAGUUGCCAACGGCUUCAGGUCUUCCUGGACUUCCCGUCAGUAGUCAGGACCUCCAGCAGCUACAACAGCAGCUCCAGCAGCAUCAGCAAAAUCUUCAGAAUCAAAUGGGCCAGUUUGUGUUUUUGCAGCCAGGACAGCUGCCAGCAAAUGUACAAGCGCAACUCUUUCUGCAGAACCAGGGUCUCCUCCAGCAGGGCCUGAUGCAGCAGAGCCUGCAGAACCUGCAGCUGCAGGCCAGCCAGGCGCUGCCCCCUGGGGUGCUCUCGUCGCAAGCGGCAGCCACCGUGGCGGCUGCCGCUGCCGCUGCCGCUCAGCAGCAGCUGCACCAGCUUCAACAGCAACACCACCAGCAGCAACAACAGCGGCAGCAGCAGCAACAGCAACAGGAGCACCAGGGGCACAACCGGGCAUUGCACCAGUCGCCACACAAUAUGGCUCACAUUCAGCACAAGCAAGCGCCGACAGGUCCUCACCAAGUCAAAUCGAGACCAGCGGAGCCAAGUCCGGAGGAAAUGACGGACUUGGAAGAGCUCGAGCAGUUUGCCAAAACGUUCAAGCAAAGGCGGAUCAAGCUCGGUUUCACACAGGGAGAUGUGGGCCUGGCUAUGGGAAAGCUGUACGGCAAUGACUUCAGCCAGACCACCAUCUCCCGGUUCGAGGCGCUCAACCUGAGCUUCAAGAACAUGUGCAAGCUGAAGCCGCUGCUGCAGCGAUGGCUCGAGGACGCGGACGCCUCGCUGAACAACCCGGCUGCCCUCGCCAACGCCCACACCACACCGGAGUCGAUCGGCCGGCGCCGCAAGAAGCGCACCAGCAUCGAGACGAGCGUGCGUGUGGCGCUCGAGAAGGCAUUCGUGCAGAACCCCAAGCCCACGUCGGAGGAGAUCGCCGUGCUAGCCGAGGGCCUCUCCAUGGAGAAGGAGGUGGUCCGCGUCUGGUUCUGCAACCGGCGCCAGAAGGAGAAGCGCAUCAACCCGCCCCCGGGGGGCGCCGCCGCGGGAGCUUCGCCGCCGCCGCCCGGCCUGCACCUGAGCAGCCCGCCGCCGCUGCCACCGCUCGGCGCCCUCCACUCGCCGGCGUCGCUCGCGAGCAACGCGUCCACGCCGUCGCCCCCUCACGCGCCCACCCCGUCCGCCGCCCACCCCCCGCGGCCGCUCCCGCUGCCGCCGCCUCCGCUACGCCCACUCUCCGCCGGCCCUGAUCAAGACGGAGUGAGACCUUCCUUCCCUCCCACCAUCCCCCUCCCUCACCAGUUCCUACCAUAUCAGAAGGCCCACGCGCGCGUGGACGCGCGACCGGCCUCCCCUCCCGACCUCCCUCCUACACCUUCCCGAUGACGCGUGUUCUUUUGUUUCUUUCCUAGUUUAGUUUGGCGCGAAAGCGUGCUCGCGAUGCGACCACAAGUGUUGAAGCUAUGGACGCUGUUUGGAAUGGCACUGUUGUCCACUGGCUACACCCAUCGUGGACCUUGCUGCCGCCUCCCCCCCCCUGCCUACCUCAAGAAACACUGCAUUCAGGGGCGCGGGUAUGGUGCGGUCCUGACAACUUCUUUUUGUUCGUUUUCUUUUCACUCGCGAAAAGAAACCCACUCAAGUGAUGAAGCCCUGCAGCCUGCGUUUGGUGUAGGCCAGGGCUGAAUGGACGCUGUGUACGAUGAUGUAAAUGCAGUGAGCAACUCAGGGAAUAUUGCAAAAGCAAAAGAGUUCAUGAAUUGUCUGUAUAAUAGUGUAAACUGUGCUCAGGCUGUGGAGUUCAACGAGAUAUCCAUGUGUUCUACCUGUCUAUGGCCUGUUGUACGUGCAUCCUAUCAUUGUCCUUUUUACAUAGUGGUGACAUUGUUUCUUUUUUUUUUGGAUUUGCUUUUGAUGUUUAAGCACUGCCGGCUUAAUAGGCAUGAUCAUGCUACCUCAGAUAAGGCUGGUAAUUCCUGUUUUUUACCGCUCUACCUCAAAAUUGCAUUUUUACCUAUUGCAAGUAUUCGGACCAAAAAUCUCACCCAUUUACUCUUCUUCACUCACACUGUCCAGGCAUUCAUAACAUUUGAUCACUCGGAGCACUUAGGGCAGGCAAACUGAUAUUCAGGUUUUGUGAAAAGCACACAACUUUCAAAAGGAAAACGAAUAGAUAGGACAGCUGCCAGUGCCAUUAUACAUAAAAAGAAGUGUUUUAUCCUUUCAACAUAUUAUGUAUACAAUGUACAUUUUUUUAUACCAGUGUCUGAUCACUGAGACUGAUGUUAGUUUCAGAUAUAGUUGUGUUGAUCUUGGAUAGAGAUUUAUCUGGUUUUUACGUGUAUUUUGCCCCCCUGUCUACUUCAUUUCUUGCUUAGGCUGCAACAGUUCUUUUCUCAGUGAAGAAAAAUGAGAAAGCAUCAAAGGAAGAAUGUGUCCAAUUUUUGUAUUACAUUGUUGGCUCAUAUUUAGGAACGUUCUCCAACCUUUGCAUUGUUGAUUGUGUCCUGUACAUAGGUCUCAGUGGGACGGCUGUCAAGACAAACCCCCUCCUACAAAGGCUGUGGUACACUUUCGGCCUUAACUGCAUUUCCAAUGAUACACCAAUUUCCCGUGCACGCAGUGUCCAAAGUGACUUCCCAGCCACAUAUAUGGUGGAGUGCGGAAAGUACUGUUCACUCAUCAGCGGCAAAGCUUUGUAACAUAAUCUUGCUUGUUUCCUUUCAAUUUUUUAACCAUGUACAAUGUACUCCUCCGGAAUUUUUGGGUGUUUGAAGUUGCAGCCUCCAAAGGCUCAAAAGGUUUGAAAGAGGCGUGUAAAAUGUGUUCUCCAGGUCUGUUUAGGGAAAUAGAUGAAUGCUUAAGCAGCUAUUCUCCUAAACCCCCAGCUAUUCAUAAUGCCAGAAGCACUUUAAAAAAUGUUUCAACAUACUUUUAAAGUGUGAAUAUAAUAAUGCGCAGUGCGUAAAAUAUGGUUCACUUUCCGUACAUUUCGACGGACUUGGUUGUCCUUGGCCGGUAUCUUUGGACACUGCGAGCAUGCGAAGGAAGGUCAUGUAAAUGGACGCAGUUCAAGUCGUCCUGUUGUACCCCACUCGAAAUCAAACACACGAAAGCAGAAAACUCAAAAGAUGUUAACAUAAUUUAAAUAUAUAUGCAUAUAAACACAAUGUGUGUGCAACUUUAGAAAUGAUGUCCGCUUGUCAGAAUAACAGCUACUAGUAUUAUAUUUGCGAGUGUGCACGUGAGAAGUGAGAAUCCUUCUGAAGCACUUGUGUAACAAACCUUAAGAGACACAUUGGUGCGGGAAUACUUCUGGCAUUUUUCGUGAUGGCUAUCGACCAUGUAGAAAAUGUUCGUUCGCACUGUUCUGGUGUGUGAGAGUGUGACUACGUUGUACUUGAUUGAACUUUUAACUACUAGUCUGCUCAUUGGGACAAGACAAACCUUAAUCACUGCAAUCUGCCAUAUAUCUCUUUAUUAUUAUUUUUUUUAACGUUAUCACUGCACAUUGUGUAAUAGCCUUCUACAUUGGAUCCAGUUUUGCGUGCUACUUCCGCACAAGAUGUGUAGCAUAAUGUGUGUUUCUUCGAGUUUUCUACUUCAGCAGUAUCGGAUGGAGGUGUGGUUUUCUUCAUUGUUAUUGCUGCCACGUGUGCUGAAAUUGGUCAGUUUGUUUUGGGGGGAACAACUUUACAUUUGCUACCAAUUUUUUUUUGUCUGGUACACCAAAGCCGAGUACCGCACAUUAUCAACACAGAAAACAAAACUUUUCUACCCAGCAGUUGCGGAAGCAGUUGCGGAGUGAAACCCAAUAUUGUUUCUUCUCUGUCAUACAUCAUUAAGCUCUACCUUGCCUUUUGAUCUGGCAAAUCAUUUUAAAGUUGGUUCUCACCAGUUGACUCAUGCAUCUCACUACAGAGCAGAUGUCAGUGUCUCUGCACGGUAGCAACUUGUAAUCAGCUUUCGAGAGGCUCCCAUUGGUUGUCAGCUACACCGCUAUGCGGUGCUUCUUAAUUUAUUUACAUAUGUUCAAUGAGGAAAACCUGACGCGAUAUGUUCGUGCGGCCGGAUUUGCAACUCUCGGCUUAGUACUCGCAAAAUAUGAUGACGGUAAAACCGAUAAAUGAAAAAUUGGCGAGAAAUUGUACCGUUGGCAACCUUGAUUGCUUCUCACAAGAUUGCUUCGCCUUGAUUUUUAAAAAAUAAAAUCUCCACAUUGUGUAAGCGAAGUUUUGUUGCUCAGAGUACUGACGAGCGUGUUGAAACUUUUAGUUUUUGUAGAAAGGCAUAGCGACGUGUUCAAUUUGCAUUAAGAUGACGAUGCCUGCUGUCAGCAGACUGCAAGAGUACUCUCAUAUUCGUCCGCGUGACCUUCGGCCACUUGAAAAACGGUGCGAAGCGCGUGUCGCGUGAGAAAGCGAAACUACAGAAUGCCGCGUGGAAGUUUCCUUUGCUACGUCUUAAGCCUACUGAGUUGACCUCUCGUUUUCUUCUUUCGCACUGCACCUCAGCGAACUCGCUGCAGAAGUUUUAGCGCCUUGUCAUAGCAUUGCUCAGUGAAAUUUCACUUUGGUUUUUGUGCCGUUUAACGUUCAGGAACGUUCGUAUUCGCCCAAACUGCGAACUGCAGUUUAGUUAAAGUCAGACCCUUCCCUUGUGACGCUGAUUGGCUGAGCCUAACCAUCCUUUACCGCCCUACGCGGCGGCGUUACUUUGCUUCGUAAGGCAGUGUUUCAUUUCCCACUAGUAGUCCGAUCGGUGUUACAAACGCCUGUUAGCGUGUCUCGCUCCCAUCUUCUGCAGUUCGCGCGCGUUAAUACUUACUUCACCGCCCGUGGCGCCAAUUCCUUCGAAAACGGUUUCAGGUAUGCCGCCUCGCAAGAGCACACUGCUUCUUCUUCUUCCAGUGCCAAUCGAGCCCCUCACGUCACAUCAGUCACCCUCCUCCGCAAUCCGCGCCGCUCCUAUAUUUAGUAGGGCGCGCUCGUCGCACACUCAUACACUCACUCACACACGCAGACAUUGAACACGUACAAACAGCAUUUCGCAAUAGGUUCGACAUCGUUGAAAGCGGGUAUUUUUUCUGUUGUCUUAACCGAAGGACUGAACUGCAGGGAAGUGUGCAACGGUAACUUAUGUUGUGUAAACGCCCGAGAGGAGGAGGUCGCGAAGCAGAGGCUUUUCUUCUCCCUCUCUUUAUACUGCUCUCUGUCUUCUCCUUCAUGUUUUUCACUUAGUUUUUUUUUUUUUUACGCAAGAAAGAAAGUAUCUUUAUUAUAGUUUUUAUGGUCUAUAUAGUCUUAAUUCUCUCUCGCUUAUGCUUUCUUCACCUUCCUCCUCUUCACAUGACUUUUAUGUGUGUGCAGUUUGUGGUGAAGUCUCCCAUCGUCGGUGGACCUUUCUUAUUUUUUUUUUUGCUCGCGCUUUCUCGAAAUUGAGCGUGACCAUGCGUGUAUGGCGAAGUUUCUUCAAGUCCAAAUAUAAUAUACAUGCGUAUACAUGCUGUGGUGUCCCGUGUCUGCGGUCCGCUGCGUUCUCCUGUCAACGUUCAGGGAUUUCUACACAUGCCGAUGCAUACUAUACAGUUAUAGGGGGAACGUAGCGGAACCUUUGGCACGCUGCUAGCUUCGCGUAUCUUUUUUUUUCUCUCUCUCUCUCUCUUUUGAUCUUAAUUUUCUUUGCAGUAGUGCCGAGUUACGUUUUUUUCUUUCGCUCUUCACUCUGAUGUCGUAUUUCUUUUUGUUGUUGUUGUUGUUGGUCUGUGUGGUCGUGACUGAAUGAGCGACUGUAUGUGAAAGCCAUAAACUGGAAACAAAAAAAAAAAGGAGAAGGCACUACGCGAUCCGGCGGUCGAGCUCUGCAAGAUGCUUUUUUAAGCGUUGUGCAUAUGUUAAGACUUCACCCAUUUUUGAACAGAUCCCACACGUAGGACAUCACGAAACGCAGGUGAUUUAAGCGUUACACGAUGGUCAGUUUUUGUAUGUAACUUAGAUAACCCUGUUUUUCAGUAAAAUAUCGUACGAAAAACUAACUUUCUUUAUGCACCGUAUCAACCGUAUCAACGGUUGCUGUGCGAAAUGUUGCGACAUAUUCCUAACGAAACUGACAUUUAGCGGUAUUAUAAUUGCAGUUAACCGUCAACGGAAAGCAGUUUUGUUUAAUUGCGGGAAAAAUAUUAAAUAACUCUUGCAGAGCACGACCUUGGUACACUUUUUACGGGGUGGUAAAAGGAAUCGAGGACGCGUUAGAUGCGUUAGAACUUAUGCUAGUUCAGCGUUUACCAUUCAUAGAAUGAGUAUUCAUAUGAGAUGAGUCGACUUGGAAUAGCGCUAUUUGAACGCUAUCAUGUUUUAUUAUUAUUUUAACGAAAGUUUGCUUUAUAACGCAAAUUUAUUGUCAAUACUUCAGUAUAAUAAGUUUUGCUCGUGAGGUCUCCGAGUCGCGCUAGAUUUUGCUUAAAGCGAGACAGGUUUGGGUCUCUACAAAAAAUUAAGAAGAAACAUCCCAAUGGAUGAAACCUCUGUUUAAAAUUCCCGCCUUUUGGGCAGUCAAUAGGAUUGUAGCGCCGCCUCGUGGCCGGUCAACGCAUCGUAACAAUGGAGGUGGCACAACCUACCGCUACACUGCGCACUAGCUCAUGGAGAAAACGGUCUAUAUUGGCGUUUGUUUCAAAAUGAGCGCAUAUAGCUGCGCCGUCAGCUGUUUGAAACUUUGGCCUAACUAAAAAUGCCGAUUAUUGCAAUAGCGCGGUGAACUCGUUUUUUAGCCAGGUCUUCAUUGUCGGCUUUACUGUGUUGAUUAGCCUUGCCUAGGUCUUAUCACCCCGUCUGAAGUGUUCCCAGAUCACCGUAGUGAUUACGGAGGGAAAUAAAAGAUAUGAAAGAUGCGAGUACGUGAAAAGGAAACAAACCUUUAAAAGCAGAUAAAAAAAAAGAACGAAGUGCGCACGACCGCUUUAUUGUCGUGGUGCUGUGACUUAGAGUUCCUCGUAGAUCUUUAGCGGGAAAGCCGUCGGGGACCGGAGAUCUAUUGCGGGUAUUUCGAAAUCAUAUUUUGGAUUGAAGUGUAUUCAACUCCUUCCGGGCCCCCCACGCGCUUUCCACCUAAAGAAGAUUUAAAGAGAAAAAAAAAGUGAAAUGGAAGCAACAUUUACAACGGGUAUAGAGAAGAAACGGAGUGCUCUGUGUUUGUAUACGGAAGUAUGCCUCGCACACACAUACAUCUCCCCUUUGUCGCGCAUAUGAAAAAAAAAAAAGGUUUUAUUACUUAGACGGAGAUAUCUGCCUGCAUCGUGUACACCUUUCUGUAAUUGUGGACAUCAUUACAACUCCUUCCCGCAACCCGUAUUGCGGGCACUGCACUUACCUAAAUAAAGAAAAAAGAAAAACCUGACAGCUGUGCUCAACCUGCGACGCACGAUUACUUUUUUUUUUUUUUCUGUUGAGAUUCCUAAUAGGAGCAUCCACCCAUUACCGGCGUAUACGUCCCAUCUGUGUAAGACUGCCGCAGUUGGUGGUCCUUUUCAUUUUAUUUCGGUAGAGAAAGGUAGAACGCAGUUUUGAAGAUGUCACCAGGAACUCAUACGUCCAUGUGCUUGAUACGUACUAAACGUCUGCCUGUUGUACUCGUAGCCUACUUACGUUCGCCGCGUUGCCACGAACCGUUUCCAAGCACAAGAUGUGAGACGCUGUCCAGAGCGUAGAUAGCGCUCGCCUCUCGCCGAAUUUCGUUUGUGUUUUUUUUUAAAUCUGAAUUGCUUUGGGAAAUCUGCUGACUGGAACGACGGUGUCGAUUAUCGUAUCAGUGCAGUAAUUUUAUUUCGACAAGGACUUCGCUUUUUAGCGCGCAUUUUAGACAGAACUAUGUAAUGGAAAACGCAUACUCUUAAUUAAAAGAACUGGUGAUUUUUCCUAUUUCGUUAUUUUUUGCAAUUGGCGUAAAAGCGACGGAAAUAAAACUAGUAUUUCGAAUGCAGCACUUUUGCUAUAAAAAAAAAAAAAGAAGGGGGAGGGGUUGCCAAUCGUAUACAUGAGAUUACACGUUGUUAUCAUUGUGUCGUCAACAUUGAAACUGGGAAGCGCGAAUCGUGCUAGUAGUUUGAGAGCAGUGUAUGGUCGUUUAUAUUCCUCUAUGGAUGGCAGCUUUCGCCCAAACAAACAUUUGACUAAAUCGCUUCGCCGAUGUUUUCAAACUAGAUCACCAAUUUUCUUCAAAAGUUGUGGAUUCUUCGAACUACCGACUGAACUUUCCUUUUUUUCUUUCUGACCGUGCAUGAUGUAGCAGGUUUGACCCUUCUUAUUUCGUUGCUCAGAGAUGACAAACGGGAGUGUUUUGUCUUGUUGGCAUAUUUCCCCAGCUAGUCAAUGUUUUGCGUGUGCAUGCGUCCGGUAUACACAUUACAUGCCGUCGUCUCUUUUUUUUUUUUAAUUUCUUCCUUUCUCUCAACUGGUUAAGAGGGUAAGGGAGAAAGUAUAUAUAGCUGAUAUCGGCUGUCAAGCGUUUACGAAAAAACGCAUUUCAUUGCCUUUUUUUCUUGUAGUUUGUGUUUUGUUGGUGCUAAGCAGUUUGGAAACUGAUCUUUUUCUCUCUCUCUUCUUCCUAUUGCGUCUGUGUGUGUUUCGUUGUCGUCCUUGUUGCGUAACCAUGACAAUUACAUUUUCGAGCUCCUUUAUUGUCCACUGAGGAGGAGCGUAACCACGCUUGUUCUCCGUUUCUUAGCCGCUUUGCUUCCCGUACUUUUCGUCUUCUCGUUGUUGUCGUAUUUUUUCUCUCUUCUAAUCUUCCUUGCGGUGCUGCGGCCUGCGCACAUUCUGCUUGAUCGCCGCGUGUCGCGCGGGUCCAUUCGAUUGACCUACACUCCCCGAAACUGGUGCUGCACAUCAGUAAUCGUUUUCACGCUUACAAUAUGCGACGUCUGCACCUUUUCUAUUCGUUUGGACGCGGUGCAGACGUUCGUGCACAAACGCGCGCGUCGAAGUUGCCGCGCACUUGUGUAAGAUCUGCAGUGCAAUCUUACGGACUCGCUACUCUGUAUAUGCACGGAACUGACACCUAACAUUGGCGGAGUGCAGCGCAAUGUGAAAGGGCCCCGCGAAGAGAGACGGCGGUGUGGAUGCAGGUUUUAAGAUGCAGCCUCCUGGCUUGCCGUGGGCCUUCAUAGUUCGCUGCAAUUAGACAGCCCAGAGGCUUCCCUGCACCACUGCAUUGCCAUGCUUGGGCCGCAGCUUACUGCUUGCUCGCGCCAGUGUUCCGGUUUUCUUUGAGGGACAGUCGCUGCAAUGUCUUCUUUUAUUUUUUUUUCUUUGCCUCGUACAAGGUCAUCAGCGAGAGUGUUGUUGUCCUGAGAGAUGGUAGUUUUCUUGUGAAAGAAUGAUGUUGAGUUUAUUAGUUUUUUUUUUCUUCUCGUGUAUUACCUGUAUGUGAAGAAAGAAACGAAAAAUGUGUUGAGACUGUUCGCGGUCUUGGUUCACUUUCUUUUUUUCUGUUACACGAAGGGAGACAGUCAUCAAGUGCGCAAUAAAAUAAGGCAGAUUCCCAAAA